CAGCGAUGGAGACACUCCGCUCCAUUACGCAAUCAUGGGAUCUAAUUCUGCAAGAAAUGCCCCUCACUUGAUUCGAUUGGGAGCCGAUCCCAACUUUGCCAAUAAAACCAGAGUCACUCCACUACAUUUGGCGGCCAAAAAUGAAGAGACGACGGAACUCAUCGACAUCAUUCUGGAAACUGGACAAUGCAACAUCAACACAGCCGAGGCUAUCGUGGCUGUGAACCCAGUUGACAACGACGGAAGGACACCACUCCAUUACGCAAUAAAGAGACCCGACCCGGUUACAAUCAAUGCUCGUCGUCUAAUUAAAAUGGGAGCCGACCCUAACAUCGCUGACAAGAACGGAGUCACCCCUCUGCACAUGGCGGCGAGAAACGCAGAAUCGAUGGACCUCAUCGAACUACUCCUCAAUACUGAAGCAGUGGACGUCAAUUGUGUCGACAAUCAAGGACGCAUUCCUCUCGCAUGUGCUAGGGACAACAAACACGGACUAGGCCAGAGGAUUAUCGCCCGACUGAAGGAAUCUGGCGCAAAAGAAUAACACCUCCUUUAUUGGCGCCUCAUUCGACAGCAGGAGUACAGGGCACAAUCCGGAGGGACGCCGGCAGAACAUUUCCUGGAUCCAAUAGACUUCGUUAAUUGUAGUGAAAUGGAUAGUUUUAGAUCUAGUUUAAAAUCCUGUUGUUUUUGGUGUGGGACUACAUAACUGUUAUUUUAAUUUUCUCAAUUUCAACAGCUUUAAAUACUAUAUGCAAUAUCCAUCAAGAAUGAACAGCAUUCGCGUAUACAAUUAAAUAUAAUCUUUGAUUUAAAGUAGUUUAAAAUUAAUCGUCUUAUCUAUCCGUUAUAGUGUUGGUU